AUGAGGAACCUACUCUCAUCUUUCCCUCUUCUGGUGAUCUUCUUCAUCCAUUGCACUCCAAUUUCUGCUCAGUCUCCGGCUCCGGCGCCAGCACUGCCACUGCCACAGCCACCGGCACUGCCGCCGCCAAAAGUAACGGCACUGGGACCAGCACCAUCAGGUCCAGCCAAUGUCAUCGCAAUUUUACAGAAGGCCGGGGGAUAUAUUACAUUUAUCAAACUACUGAAGAGUACGCAAGUAGAUUCUCGAAUCUACUCACAGCUCAACAAUUCAAACGUGGGUCUAACCAUUUUUGCACCAGCUGACAGUGCCUUUGCUAGCCUUAAAUCAGGCACACUGAACGCAUUGAAUGCUGGACAGAAAGCACAGUUGGUACAGUUCCAUAUCAUUCCUUCUUAUAUCUCUCUUUUGCAGUUCCAAACGCUGAGCAACCCGGUAAGUACUCAGGCUGGUGGUAGCGACGACAAUGAGUUUCCGCUAAAUAUCACGACCUCAGGGAGUCAUGUGAACCUUACAACUGGGAUUGUCAAUGCAGCAGUGAUCGGCACUGUAUAUACCGAUAACCAGCUAGCCGUAUAUCAAGUGGACAAAGUGCUCCUUCCGAUGUAUAUUUCCGUGAGUACUGCACCAGCUCAGGCACCAUCGAACCCCAAGAAGGAGGCUCCAGAUACUUCUUCCACAGGGUCUUCUGUUAAUUCUUCUGGUGCGGUUCAGCAGGCAUUGAACGCAAUAUUUUUUCUAGUUGCUGUUUGUUCUGCAUUUCUUCAGCAAGAUGAUUGUGGGUUUGCAGUUCAUAACCAGUUUUGA